UCUUAAACCAUAAACGAUCUUUUCCGUGACGCGUAUUUCGCGCGAAACUCAGUUUGGGAAGCUAAUGCAAAGUGAAAGAAGAGACGUUAGCGAUGAGUAAAAAGGAUAACGGCACUACACUCAUCCUUGCAUAUCUGAAUGAGAAGAACCGACCCUACAGCGCUCAGGAUGUCUUCUGUAAUUUACAAAAGCAGCAUGGACUGGGUAAAACGGCAGUGGUCAAAGCCAUGGAGCUGCUGGCUCUGGAGGGCAAGAUAAAGGAGAAAACAUAUGGCAAGCAAAAGAUUUAUUUUGCUGAUCAGUCUCAGUUCAAGGAUGUGAAUGAUUCAGACCUGAAGGCGAUGGACAGUAAGAUCUCAGAGCUCAGUGCAGAGGUGCAGACUCUCACCCAGAGCUGCAGACAGCUAGAUGCAGAGCUGAAGGAGCUCAACAGCUCCCUGACUACAGAGGAAAUGAAAUCAGAGAUCAAGGAGCUGAAAGCAGAGUGCUCGGGGUACAGAUCGCGCUUGGAGAAGAUAAAGUCGGCCACAAAUCACGUCACACCAGAAGAGAGAGAAAAGGUGCACAAAGAGAGGAAUGUUUAUGUGAAAGAGUGGAAAAAGAGGAAGAGAUUGGCUUCAGACAUGAUGAAUGCAAUCCUGGAAGGGUAUCCUAAGAGCAAAAAGCAGUUUCUGGAAGAAGUUGGAGUGGAGACUGAUGAGGACUGCAAGGUGGUUGUUCCAAGUACUUGAAAGAAAGCCCUUCAUCUGCCUGUGCGCUGCUUAGUUAAGAAGAAUUCAGAUUAUAUAUCAGAGCCACAGCACAUUCUUUAUUCUUUCUCUUGAACAAAAAGUACAUCAUUAAUACAAGUUGAAUGGAAAAACAACUUCCACUGUAAUUAAAAGUAUAUUCAUACAAAAAUAGCUGUCAUUUGCGAGACACUAACGCUACAUCACAUCAUUAAACAGCACUGAAAGAUGCUCGCAACCUUAUAGGCAACACUGGUUCAUUUUUUCCCUUUUUAAAGCCAUAAAACCAUCCUGAGCCUAUGAUGAAACUGUCAAAUUAGUCGUUAUAGCUUUUAGAGCUGUAUGUUAUUUGUUCUUAUAUGUUCAAGUCCAUAUUGCUGCCACGUUUGAGAAUUGUACAUAAAAGAAUCACAAUGUAUGAAGCAUUACUGUAAUUAAUGAUCUUCAGGUAUUAUGGAGGGUUGUCAUGUUUUAUAUCCCCCCUCUCCUUUGUUAAAGGUUUCUGGUUAUUCAGGAAUUAUAAAAAUGUUCAUGACAAUAACUUUUGAUAUUUAAGUGCUAAGAAAAUUUCUUUCUGUAGAUAUUUUACAGCUGCAGUGAUAGCAAUACGAGUUGUCCUUUUUGCUACAUUUUAUUUCCAUUUUACUUACAACCGAAUUAAACAGGACAAGAUUUCAUGUCACUCUUUGGAUGGUGAUAAACUGUAAAUAGCUUUUUUUUCAUUUUUUUUGCAAACAACUACUAAAAAGCAAAACUUAUUUAAGCAACAAGACACCUGUGAUCAAAGCAACAACAGUAAAGCAACUCUUUUUUUAUCGAACAGAUUAGCCAUGUGUAUGAAAGAAUUUACUUAUUCAGACACUGUUAAACUAUCAAAGCUUUCAUGAAAAUCUAACUUUAGAGUUAAGAAGCAGUGUGUAGGAGUGAAUGUCAUCUAGUGGUGAGGGUGCAGAUUGCAAACAACUGAACACACCAGCCCUACAAUUUGUUUCCACGUGUUUGAGAUCUUAGGUGGCCGUAGGUAAUGAAAAACACAAAAGUCCAUUUGUAGAGCCUGUGUUUGGUUUGUCUGAUCUGGGCUUCUGUAGAAACAUGACAGUGCAGCAUGGCAGGCUCUGUGGAAGAGCCUUAUUUAGAUAUGAAAGGCUCAUUAUAAGCCAAACAAAAAAAAACAUUCUUAGUUCCAAGUGAGUAAAAAGUAUUAUAUUCCAUUUGUGUCAAUAGAUCUCCCUAAAU